AUGAAUAUUUUUUUUUUCUUAACUUUUAAAUUAUUUUUUUUCAAAUAAAUUUAAUAUUUUUUUUUUUAUUUAAAUUUAGUUUUUUUUUACUAACCUUAAUUUACUACUUUUUUGCGUUUCAUUUAUCAAUAAAGUAUUUUUUUUGAGUAUUCUUAUCUGAUUUUUGUAAAAUAAAAAUCUUUUUGCUAUGCAUUUAUCUAAAGGACUUUAUUUUAAAAUGAAAUGCCACGAUAUUUUUUAUAUACUUAUAUUUUUUAUUUAUAGUAUUAUAAAAAUUAAUUAAAUUAUCAUUUUGUUAAAAUUUUUAGAAACUUUUUUAUUAUUAUCAUUAUACAAUAUCAAUAUUGUCAAAUUUAAUAUUAUUAAAAUUUUUUGUAAAAAUGUUUUAUUUACAUCUUUCCUUUUAAAAUUAAUUUUUUUUAUUUAUUUUUUAAAAAUUUAGUAUGUAUUUUUAGAAUUUUUUAUAUUAUUUGUAAAUAAUUUUCUAUAUCUUUACCUACAUUUAUAUUUUCUUUAACAUAAAUUUUGAAAGAGUUUGAUAUAAGAAUAAAAUUUAAAGAAAGAACUUCUUCUUUUUCAUUUUUAUUUAAUUUAUUUUAAUAAAAAUCUAACAAGAAUAAAUUUUUAAAAAUAAAAGCUAACACUAACAAUCAAUAUUGA